AUGUCUUUCGAUGGCGGCCUUCAACAGGGGCGAGUGACCCUCACCGUCCACCGGGCCGAGUCUCUUGUGGGGCUUAACCCGAACGGCACAUCCAAUCCCUUCGUCACUGCAACGAUUGGCCAACAAUCCCACUCCACCGGUGUAGUCAACAGCAGCACGAAUCCCUCUUACGAGGCCACCUUCAAUUUCUCUCCCUGUCCACUACCAACCAUUCUCACCCUGCGUGUUUAUAAUAAAGUACCUUUUACAGAAACAGAGGAAUUGCUUGGUAGUGCCACACUCACACUCUUCUCGGCAUCUCCAAAGGUACGGCGUAGUGUACAGUUGGGGCAUGGUGGGAAUGUCGCUCUUUCACAAAAGGCCCGUGAUGGAAGUUGUGGAUCAUUAGAUAUAUCGUAUGAAGUGGUAUUGGCAGAAUCACAAUCACAAUUACAAUCACAGUCAUCUACACAACAGAGUGCCAUUAAGGAUAAUGAUCUUCCACCAUUUCUAAGAGAUGAUAAUGGACCACCCAAUCUUACUUCAGCAUACGCUGCAGUUACAUCAACAGCAACAGCAUCAUCAACAACAGCAACAACAUCAACGACAUCAGCAGCACCACCUCCACCUCCAGCAUUAACAUCAACUGUACCUCCUCCUCCUCCUCCUCCAACAGCAGCAGUUCCACCACCACCACCACAAUUGGCAAUGCCAAUGACCCCAAAUGAAACUAUAGUUGCCCGACCCCCACAGCAAUCAUCACAAGGGACAUAUCAACAACAACAACAACAGCAACAGAUGCAGCAAUCCACUCUUCCACCACCACCACCAGUUGUUUCUCGAACUCCUUCUAUCGUACAACAACCAUCACAACAACAACAGCAACCCAUUGGGACGUCUUUUUCAGGUACGUCCACUGGGAAUGUAAUCCCAACAACAAACAUGCAAAAUAUAAACGAACCAAUGGUGCGAAAACCAUCUGUUGCAGAUACUUCUACAGCUCCCCCAAUGGUAAUGCCAUUACAACAAUUACCUGUUACUUUGCCUGUGGCUCAUGAUAUAGAUGCCGGCAAAGUAUCUAAUGCCCCUAGUGCUAUGUAUACAGAAGCAGCCAGGGUACCACCAGUUCCAACAGGACCACCAAUGCAGAUGAUGACACCUUACAAUGGCGGCACAUCCUCUACAAGAGAGAAUGGUAUAAAUGGGCAGACAUUAAUAAAUACGAAUAAUACAAUCCAGCAAACUGUUAGAACAACCAGUGCAUCCACACCACCAUCGCAGGGAAGCAGUUUGACAACCAGUACCAGCAUGACACCCAGCUCAACAGUGGCUAGUAAUUCAAUUCUGCAUCAUCAACAACAACAGCAACAAGAUCAACAACGUCUACAGCAGAUGCAGCUCCCAACAGCAGUUGUUCCACCACCAGUGACAUCUGGUUUGACAUUUACCUCUGGUCCACCAGUUCUUCAGUUAUCUCAACAGCAACAACAACCGAGCGUUAGUGCAACUGCACCUUCUGCAGGGCUACCACCACCACCACCACCACUACCAGCAGCAGCAGCAGCAGCAGCAGCACAACCACCACCGCAACCACCAGUAGCGACAACGACAAUAGAAAAAGAUGAUGAUAAAACCAAGAAAAAGGUAAAAAUUAUUGCUGCUCCAAAAGGAAGAACUGUAUCUACUUCUGCUACUCCUGCUACUUCAGGAAGAGGAGGUGUGAGGCCAAUGUCUUCUACAGAUCGUACAACACGUAAUGGAGCGGCGAGUCCUACGCGUGAUAAUCGACGCUCUUUAUCGAAUAAUGGUAUUCGUUCCUCUUCACGUGGUCGUACACACCCCGGUUCAGCAACAGUUGCCACAAACUCUACAACAACAACAACAAUAGGAGGAAUGAAUUCUUUGCCAUCAUCAUCAUCAGGAGGAGGUCUUCAUAAUAAUACUAUCUCUGGUUCUGGUCUUUACCAUCAACCUGAUGAUCUUCUUGCGGCUGCAGUGGCGGGAAAUACAGCUGUAUUUCAGCGACUGCGGGAGGAAGAUCCUCUUCUCUCACGUGGCUUUGAACACGUGCGGGAUUACUCUGGCCGCACAAUUCUUCACAUUGCCGCAUGGUAUGGCCACACCGAUGUGCUGAAGACUCUUCUCCAGGCCUCUCCCUCUAUUCCAAUGCUGGAGCUGCGGGCCCUGCGGUCUAACAAUGGAAACACCAUUCUCCACAGUGCCGCGCAGGGCGGACGGGCCGCAGUCGUGCAGUGGCUGCGCUUUGGGCAUCCGGCGACGGGGCUGUUGGUUGGACUGCGCAACGUGCGGGGCAGCACGGCGACGGAGUGUGCGCGGGAGGCGGGAUUUAAUGAUAUCGCCGCCAUGUUGGAUGAGGCGUGA